UCAGCUGUUUAGUUGGCAGUUUUUAUCAGACACUUUUCGCUAUUGGAUUUCCCACAGAAGUUUAAACUUUAAACGAAAUAAAUGUUUUAACAUGACUCGGACAUGUAGGAUAUGUGGCGGCGACGACGGACGCUACUGGAUUGAAACGCCAGUGGAGAAAUACGCGGAGAAGACCUUCGGCCAGCUGCUGCUCGAAUUAACUCGCAUCGAGGUGGCCAUGGUGCAGGCUGAGAAAUUUCCGCAGUGGCUGUGCCUGGGCUGUGCCGAGAAACUGGAGACCACUUACGAUUUUGUGCUGCAGGCGCGCCAGACCCACGAACUCUGGCUGCAAAAACUGGAGAGCUCUGUGGACGGAAAGGAGCACGAUGGCAUGGAGGAACCCAUGGAGACCUUGGAGUGCCUGCGCGAGACACCCAUCCACCUGUUCGAAAUAGAGGGCGUGACCAUCAAGACAGAGGAGCUGGCUCCCACGCAUCUGGCGACCAAGGCUGAUCCUCUAGUGCGCUCGCGCAUCGUCAAGCGAAGCAUUGUGCACCAUUUUAGCGACUCAGAUGACGACCAGGAUGAUGUGCCCUUGCGUCAACGAAAGAUCAGUAGCUGCCCCUCUGAGCCGCCCAAGCCCAACGUUUGCGAACUGUGCAACAAGGCCUUCAGAUAUGUCACCAAUCUGUAUCGACACAAGCAGCGGGAUCAUGGUCUUCCCUGCAAGAGCGGAGAAGAAUUCGAUGAUAACUAUUACAAGUGUGACCUGUGCGAUAAGUCCUACAUAUACGUGAUGGCGCUGGUAAAGCACAAGCACAAGGAGCACGGGACCAGUCUGUUGCCCACCAAGAUGUCCAGGCGAAAGUUACCAGGAAGGCCAAGGGCAUUGCCCGAGGAUGAAUGUCCAGCAAGUCCUGCUUCAAACUCGGGUAACUCCACUCAUCGCAGCAGAAUCAACAACGACACCCUCGUGCACAGCAUAAUUAAGGCAGUAGAACUCUCGGAUGAGGAUGGCAACAGCAAUGUGGACAACUACUACAAGUGCGAUCACUGCAGCAAGACCUACAAAUACAUUGUGAGCUUGAUCAAGCACAAGCACAAAGAGCACUCCGACAAACGGUCGGACAAGCAGUUGGAGACGGAGGACGAUCAGCCCCUGCCCUCCACAUCCGGCUCGACAGUUGCCCGAGUUGCCAAGCCAUCGAGAAUCAAUCGACGAGUUGAUGGCUUCGAUUACCAUCGCUGCGAACCCAAUGGCGCCAAGGAAAUCAAGUGUAUGAUCUGCCUGCGACGCUUCACCAAACUGCGAGAGCUAAGGAAUCACCUGCAGAACCAUCCCACAGACUUUGAUUUCGAGGCGCAUGGCGAGCCCAUUGAGCGAAUCGCGGAGGGGUUUUUCAAGACCGCCGUGGAGUCCACGGCGGAGGGCUUGAAACGGCGCAUCUUUCGGGAUCUCAGGAUGGGUGUUUACGGACGCUACUAUUCUAUUACAAACCAAGCUCGCUACGAGAUGACUCUAGACAGCUCCGAUACGGACAGCGAUGGCGAGGAGGGUGACGGGGAUGUGGUCAUUCGGCGCAGCUACUCCUGCGAACUGUGCGAGUCCCCGGAAGCCAGGUGGCCGCGCAAGUAUUUACUGCACCAGCACCACCGGAAGGAGCACACCUGGCUGGAUGCUCCGCAUGUGUGCCAGCGCUGCGACUCGCGCUUCCUCAGUGCCCAGCUGCUGGAGCACCACACCAUCCAACUGUGCCAAAACACCCUGAAGCGCUUCAUGUGCGACAAAUGCCCUCAGCGUUUCUUUUGGCGCCGGAAUCUGCGAGCCCAUCUCGUCGAGCACAAGAGCAAGCAAGAGGAUUACCCGUGCGAUCUGUGCUCCCGGAGUUUUCAAGACAAAAGCGCCGUGACCAAGCACAAACUGAUGAUGCACCGCGAUAGCAACAUGCAGCUAUAUCCUUGCCGCUGGUGCACCCGCACCUUCUAUCGUCCUGCCCUGCUGCACAAGCACGUGCAACGCCACGGAUUCUCUGGCCACGAUCUGCCCCUGGCUGAAACGCUGCUGGCGGAUGCCUCUAAACCGGCGGGACCAAAGAGCAUCCAGUGCAAGUUGUGUGCGAUCCAAUUCAUCAGCGUAGCAGACUUGCGGCGGCACAUAUCCAUGCAGGGUCACAGUGAUCAGCCGUCGGCCUACAUGAUCAGCACGGCAGCUGGAUUUGAGCUCCUGCUGGAGGAUACGGACGACAGUGAUGAGGAAAGCACUACUAGCAGGUCGUACACCUGCGACCUGUGUGAUAUGAGCUUCCGGCGACGACGGGAGUUGAGUGAGCACCAGUACUCGCUGCAUUGCUUCGACAAGCUGCCACAUUCCUGCGAACACUGCAUUUUCAAGACGGUGGAUAAGUACAUGUUGGAUCAACACGUUCGCAACCAAUGCUUAAACAAGGAGAAGAAGUUCGUCUGCUCGCGCUGUGGCUACAAGUUCAUGUGGGAGGAGAACCUCAACCAGCAUCUGGCCAGCCAGCAUCCCAAGCAACCCACUGUUUUGGAGCAGCACCCACCGGUGAGGAGGAGGCGACGCUUCCGCUACCCGUGUCCCCACUGCUGGCGCUCCUUUGUCGUGGAGCCCAGCCUGCAGAAGCACAUCAGGGACAUGCACCUGGCCAAAAAGAAUCCAGUCAAGAAGUACCUCUGCUCUCUUUGCGGCCUGGAGUCGCUGACGCCCAACAAACUGAGCAUCCACAUGCGUCGUCAUACCGGCGAAAAGCCCUUCAAGUGCGAUCUCUGCGACAUGCGCUUCACGGUCCACUACGAACUGAAGGUGCACCACCGUAGACACACUGGCGAGCGGCCCUACCAAUGCAACUUCUGCUCCAAGGACUUCGCACGACAGGACAAACUGAAGCGGCACGUCCUAACACACAACGUGAAAUCUUAGAGUAAUGAUUUUAGGACUAACGAUAAAUAAUGAUUUGUUUACAAUAAUCACAUUGCCUAGAGUGAUUUCCAUUAAGAUUAAAGCCUGAUGAAAGCCCACUA